CAAUGUAUUAUGGUCUUUUCCUAACAUUAAGCUUAUGCACCAGUCUAGCAUUACGUGUCUCCCUCCGAUAUACAUGCGCGUCCAACUACAAAUCCUCUUUUAAUUCUUUGCCGUCUUCCAAUUUCCUUUACACAUCAGGCUCAUUCUUCUACUGUGUUGCUUUACAGGACUAUCUAAAGAGGUUGCUAAAAGAUUGGGAAAGAAACCACCGAGAAUGCUGUGGUGGAGGCUCUUGCAGCGAUUCGAGUACUCGUCGCUGAUGUAUUCGCCGGGUAGAUAGUUAUUAUCUUCAGUGAAGCCGCAGCAAAUGUUGAUGAGAGCCAACGAGCCCACCCUUGAUGUUGUAGAAUUCGUAGAUACCCGUUCUUGUUGAUGGCGGGGAUGAGGUCGCUAGCGCAGAAACCAAUGAUGGUAUCGACGACCUUUUUCCUUUGUCCAUAAGACGACAAAGCACUUUACCC